AAUAUGUCAAGUGUGACAGAGUUCAUUCUCUUAGGAUUUGGGGAUCUCAUUGAACUGGAAUUUCUCCUUUUCCCAAUGUUUCUAAUAAUAUACUUGAUAACCAUGACUGGGAAUCUUUUUAUUGUCUUCUUAAUUGUCAUUGAUGAACAUCUUCACACACCCAUGUAUUUCUUCCUACUAAAUUUAUCUUUGCUGGAAACCUGCUAUAGUUCUGUCAUUCUGCCUAAAACAUUAUUGUGUCUCGUGACUGGGAAGAAAAAUAUAUCCAUAAAUUCUUGCUUCAUGCAAUUUUAUUUAUUUGCUUGUCUGGGAGGGGCUGAAUGUUAUUUUCUAUCUGCCAUGUCUUAUGAUAGGUAUUUAGCUGUGUGCAAACCACUGCACUAUUCUAUGCUCAUGAACAAUAGGUUGUGCCUGCAACUUGCAAUUGUGUCCUGGGCAAGUGGAAUAUUAGUUAGCACAAGCACAACCUUCUCAAUAGCUUCCUUAACCUUCUGUGGACCCAAUAUAAUUGAUCACUAUCUCUGUGAUUUAUCCCCAUUCAUAAAAGAAAUCUCUUGCACAGACACUUAUACUGUAGAACUAACUGCAUUUACAUUUGCUUGUGUCUUUACCUUUCCUCCUUUACUUCUCACAUGGAUGUCCUACAUUUUCAUUAUUUACACAAUCAUUAGAAUUCCAUCUACCACUGGGAAGCAUAAAGCUUUCUCUACCUGUUCCUCUCAUCUCACUGUGGUUGCCCUUUUUUACGGAGCCCUGAUGCUUGUCUAUAUGCUUCCACGGUUUAGGAAUCUCAAACAUCUAAAGAAAAUCUUCUCUCUCUUCUAUACUGUACUGACUCCUCUGAUCAACCCUCUUAUUUAUAGCUUCAGAAACAAGGACGUAAAGGCAGCCAUUUGGAAAGGACUCAGGAAAUUUAUCAUACAUAUGAGAAAUUCCAGACCCAAGUUUUGUUCGCUAUCAAAAUGA